UGGCGAGGAGUGCGACAUGGCCCUGGUGCUGGCGCGCGCAGAGUGAUGACGGCCGUGGUGAUGAUGGGUGUGACGUUGGCGGUGAUGUUGGUGGGACAGGUGGGCUGCGUAGGCGGGAGUGAUGACUCCACGUUUAUGCUGGCGCCACCAGCACAGCAUCAUGCCAACUUCGUGUCGCAGCCGUCGGCGUUUGAGGCGUGGGUGCAUGGCCUUGUGCUUGCGCUGCCAGAUGUGCGCGACGUGCACGCUGCGGGCUGGAGGGUGGACUUUGUCGACGGCAACUGCACAGACUUCACGUUCGAGGCCAUUGCGCGGCCAGAGGGCAGGCCGCACGACCACAGCGAGCCGGUGCACGUGCGCGUGGAGGAUGUGGCCACCAACUGCACGGCACGGUGGAUUGCCACCAGCCCAGCCGGGACAAAGUCACAUGGCCCAGCCAUCCUGGACGUCUCGCGAAGCGACGUCACCUUUGUUGCAGAGCAGGACCAGUGUCACCACACGCCGUGUCUCCGCGCCAAGAACGUCACCUCCUCCUUCAACGUGACUGAUCUCGAGUUGAAAGAUGCACCGCCGCAGCUACAGCUCAUCUUCGAGAUUGCCCGGCCAGUCGCCAUCGCAGGGUUUGAGGUGGCGUUGGACGUGGCUGUGGACGCGGCUGUGGAUGCGGUGGUGGAUGUUGUUGGCUCUGGGAUCCAAUCGGACCUGCAGUACCUCGUGGACACAUACGCCAUCAACGCAACCGCGGCGCCACCCAUCCCGCUCGCACCAGAUGCGGUUGACCUGCGGGACGACGGGUUCAUAUCGAUGGUGGAGUACGUCGCCAAUACCGUGUUUGCCAACAGCACCGACUUCAAUGUGAAUCAGAUCAUCUCCAUCAUCACAAACGGCACCAACGCCAUCGACAUCUCCGACCUCGCACAAAACUUCACGUAUGUGCUCGAGCGAAACAACACCGGCAGCAUUUCGCUUGCCCUGGACAGCGUGCGCGUCAGUGACCUGGACUCCAUCGCCACCAUCAACAUGAUGCAACCCGUCUCCGCCUCCCGCGUCACGUCGCGCCUCGUCUUCGACGGCCUUUGCCUGCAGGCAACGUUUGCCUACAAUGCAACACUGCACGGCCCCGCGCUCAACAGCAGCGCCCCACUGGUGGAGAACGGAUCUUUCACUGCCGUCUUCUCCUCGCUCGCAGGGACAGUCGACCUGGACUUUGACAUCUCCACAACCCGGCUGCACGAGCUGUAUGCGGAGAGCUACUACAAACCGGGCUGUCUUGCCAGCGCCGUGCGAGACGCAGCCGUCAGCCUCAUUGCCACCUCGUUUGCGUUUGAGAAUGCGACGCUGGUCGUGGCCGACGAUGUGCAUCUGGAUACUCUCGUGAGCGACAUCCUCGCCCUCGCCAUCCACCCCUUUGUUCCAGCCCUGCCAAAGGUACUCAACUACGUGUACAACGGCCCUGUGCGCAAUGCGCUGAACGAAUAUGUGCAGGAGUGGCUGUUCAAGUCCACGCAGUGCGUCAACACGCAGCCGGAAUUCUGGUCCCCUUCCAUCAUCGCUGGUGGCGGCGGUGUCCUUGUGUUUGUCAUUGUCGUGCUGCUGCUGCGGUUACAGCGACCCACAGCCGCGCACAUGACCGCUCUCAGCAUCAAUGGCGACAACGACGCUGCUGCUGGUGACACGUUCAAUAGCAAGGCGUCAAACCACCUCAAGCACCGCGACCACACCGGGUCUGCUGGACAGGUGGCAGGUGUGCUCGGUGGCGGUGACAACGUGCUGACGCGGCUGAAUGCGAAGAGCAAAUACGUCAGCUUUGGCAACGGCAACAUCAACAGCACCGCUGGACGCGGCGAUAGUGGUGGUGACCGGAGCGUUGUUGAGGCGAAGCGGCAGCGCGUGCCGUUGCUCUCUGGCGUCAACUGUGAACCAUUGGAGGAUCUCUAUGAAACAUAUGCGCCGUGUUUCGGCAACGAGGCUGCCAUCUCCACAGCCAUGCGCUACGGCAUGCCCAUCAUGAUCAUCUUCACGAUUGUGCUACUUGUGAUGUCGCAAUCGCGCAUCGCUGGCAGUGCAUUCUUCAACGUGCACUACAACCACACGGACUUUCGCAUGCCCGUGGUGAAGACACUCCUGUUCACGCGCACCGUGCAGGACAUGUGGAGUGCGCACGUGUAUGUGCUGGUGGCGUGCAUUGUUGUGUUUUCAGGGGCAUGGCCCCACAUCAAGCUGGUGAUGAUGCUGUAUGCGUGGGUGGCGCCCGUCGCCUGGCUCCCCGUCCAGCGCCGCGAGCUCUUCCUCCAGGUGCUGGACUUCCUUGGCAAGUGGUCGAUCAUGGACAUCUACGUCAGCAUCAUGCUGCUGGUCGGCCUCCACCUGCAUGUGCCGCUCGCCAAUGAGCACGUGACCGGCCCGGCGUACAUCGACCUGUGGGUGGAGACGCGCCCCGCUGUGUUCUACUACUGGACGACAAUCAUGCUGUCGCUCAUGCUGACACACGUCAUGCUACACGUGCACCGGACAGUCGUGCACACCAACGCGCGCCUCACGCCGAUGACAACGGAGAAGGCUGCGCUCUGUGGCCACCACUUCUACUCAAAGGGCAGGUUCUUCGUGCUGACGCUUGGUGGAAAGCUGUUCCUGGCAUUUUGCAUUGCUGUCACGCUUGGCGCCAUCAUCUUUGGCAUCCAAACGACCGCGUUUACGUUCCGCUUCAAAGGCCUGGCGGCGUGGUUGAUUGCAUACACGGGCGGAUCAGACGACCGCUCAUUGUCCGUCUGGGAAAUGGCCGUCAACUUUCCCCACUCUGCCCAGCACCCAAACUCCGGCAGCGCACGGUUUGUGCAAGUUGUGUUUACGGUGUUUGCGGUGGCGCUGCCUGUUGCGCUGCAACUUAUUCUGUCGGUGCUGUGGUUCGUCCCCAUGCGACCAACAGCACACGCGCGCGUCUUCCACAUCACCGAGAUUGUGCACGCCUGGGCUGCACUCGAGGUGUUUGUGCUGGCGGUGAUUGUUGCGCUGCUGCAGCUGCGGCCGCUGGCGCAGUUCAUCAUCGGCGACAAGUGCACGGGCAUCAACGCUCUCCUGCGCAUCCUCUUCGACUCGGAGCUCAAAGGCAACGACAAGUGCUUUGAUGUGGAGACGGAGCUUGACACGGGCAGCUUCGUCCUCAUCGGCUGCUCCGUCUUCUCCGUCCUGCUCACCCUCGCCACCCUCACCCUCUCGUCGCACGCUGUGAAGGAGCGAAAUGGCCUUGUGUCGCUCCGCAAACGCAAGGCGAUCACUUUUAUUCUUGGCAGCAGCAGCAGCAGCAGCAGCAGCGCCACGAGCAGUCGAUACAGCAGCACGGCCUCGUAUUACGACCAAGCCAUCCGUGCAUCUGUCUCCUCAAGAACACCCCGGUUUGACGCUAUUCCUGAGCACGGCAGCACUGCCAAUGGUGGUGGUGGUGGCGGUGGUGGUGGUGGCAGCGUGGUUGAUGGGGGUGUUGGGGGUGCGAACAGCACCAAUGGGGGUGACAGCAGGGGUGGUUUGCUGCAGCGUUGCGAUGAGCGCCACUCACGACUCCACAGCAGCGGGAUGGCUGGUGACCACGGCACGUUUGCGGGCCAAAGGCGUCAGCGAACCACCAGCUCGAGUGAUGGUGGCUGCUGUUGCUGUUGCUGCUGUGGCGGGUGUCUUGGUGCCGUGUCUUCGUGGUGUGGCGGUGCGUGCCGUCGAAGGAAGCGGUGGGACGAGUUUGGCGAUGGGAGCGACGAUGCCCGCCUGCUGCUUGGCCGCGGCGGUGGCGGUGGUGGUGGUGAUGAUGGCUUUGAUGGCGACGCGCUCGAUGACAGUGAUAGCGGGUGCGGGUGUGACCUGUGGGCCGUUGCCCAGGCCCUGCGCCUAUGCAGGCGUGUUGUCUUUGUUCCCUCUGAGUAGCUUGUAGCUGGUAGCUCGAUGCGUUGAUUUGUUCACUUGAUAGAAGAAGAAGAAGAGAAAG